GCGGGCUCCGCGCGCGUGCCCGCGGCUCCCGGUGCCCCGCCGGGCCCUGUCCGUGCCUUGUCCGUGCCUUGUCCUUGCCCUGUCCGGGCCCCGGCUGCGCGGCUGCGGAGCGGGGCUCGCUGUUUUUCCCCCCCUCCACGCCUGCCCGGCCGGGGCCGGCCCGGCCCCGCGGACAGGGACUCCCCGCCAUGGAGCGGGCGCUGCUGCCCCGCCUGUGCCAGCGGGCCCUGCGGCUGUGCCGGGGCGGGCUCCGGUUCCGCUCCAGCGGCGGGGCUGAGCAAGGGGCGCCCCGAGGCCGCGCCCCCGCAUCCCUCCCGCAGGGCGCGGGGGCCGGGCGGGGGUCGCGGACCGGGCGGGAGCUGUGGCGGGCACAGCAGGACUUGCGGGGGAAGGGGCCGGAGCGAAAGCCGCUGGCGCUGGAGAGGACCAGAGGCUCCGAGAUCCUGUUCGGGGUGGCCCCGUGCCGGCUGGCGCUGGCCCGGGCGCGGAGAGCCAUGUUCCGGCUGUUCCUGAAGGAGCAGCGCGGCGGCGCCGGGCGGCCCGUGAGGGCCGAGCUCGCCCUGCAGGCCGCGGCCCGCGGGGUGCCGGUGCUGCACGUCCCGGGCCGGGCGCUGGACUCGCUGUGCCGGGGCCGGCCCCACCAGGGAGUGUGUCUGGAGGCCGCCCCGCUGCCCUUCAAGAGCCUGCGGGAGGCUGAGGAGCCGCGGCUGGGGCACGGAGAGAGCGGGGGCCGGCAGCUGCUGUGGCUGGUGCUGGAGCACAUCCAGGAUCCCAUGAACCUGGGGGCUCUGCUGCGCUCCGCGUACUUCCUCGGGGUGGACAGAGUGGUGGCGACCCACAGCAACAGCUGCCCCUUGACUCCCAUAGUGAGCAAAGCCAGCGCUGGAGCCAUGGAGGUCUUCGAUGUGUACAGCACGGAUGACCUGCAGGGCUUUCUGAAGGCUAAAAGUGCAGAAGGCUGGGAAGUGGUGGGAACAGUCAGCAGGCCUGAGGAUGUGGAAGAUGUUCCUGUCAUCAACUGCUCGCAAUUCCAGUGGGACAAACCCCUUAUUGUAGUGAUAGGCAGUGAAGGGGAGGGACUUUCCCUGGAGACUCAGCUGCAGUGCCAGCGGAUGCUGGCCAUCCCCCCCGGCAGGGCGCUGCACCCCGGCCUCGACUCCCUCAACGUCUCUGUGGCUGCAGGUAUCCUCCUGCACUCCAUCUGCAGCCAGAAACAGAGGCAUGGAGAUUGAAAUAAUCUUUAUCUGGUGGAGGAUAUGGAAAUGCUCUUCCCAGGGUCUCCACCAUCACUGUGAGCUCCAGGGAGAGCCCUGGUGACCUGAGCUGCAUUUUGGCUGCUGCAGAAGCCACCAGAUCCCUGACUUAACACCAAAGGCAGACACCUGAUGUCAUAGGUAACACCUUGGGAGCAGCAGCUGUGGGAAGGCAGGCAGGUCUGGGAGCAGCCAGUUGUGGCAGGAAAACACCCAGGGAUGGCUGCCAGCACCUGUGCACUGGGGACUUUGUGCAUCACUUGCACCGUGGGGGCAGUUUGGGCUGUGGGUGAAAGUGCCACUGAAAGUGCCCUGUGCCCUCCCCCUGGGCAGCAGCUGCUGAGUGCCAGCUGUGCUUGGGAACCACUGGAGCUGGUUUUUCUGUAUUUGAUUGUAAACCAGGUGUGCAGCCCUGCCAAGGGCUGGCAAACAGCUGGAAUGGGGGGAAAAUGCAGCCUGUGGCAAUAAAGCUUUUGUAAAGAUUG